AUGAUUUACAACAUUCCAAAGCUAUACAACGCGCUGACCCACAUAUGUCGAGCCCAGUCAGGAUACCAACGCAACGAGCUUAGCCCAACAAAUGCGGCCUCAAACGUAACACAGCUGACCAUGCCCACAGAAUACAUUCCGAGCUACUGGGUAACAUUGAACUACAGAGCGAGUGCAUUGCUUCCGAACCUGAACCUACGCACAAUGUAUGUGCCUACAAAAUCCGGGAGUGCAUCCGGGAGUGCAUCCGGGAGUACGUACCCGACCGGAAGUAGGCCUCAGCUUGGGGUAGGCCUGGCAGGACAGGCAGGGAAGAUCUUAGUAACAGGGCACGAAACGACCGCCCAAGCCCAACAAAAUCCCUCUUGA